UGUUAUUGAGGCAGAUAUCCACAGCAGACCCAGAGACUGGUAGAAUCUAAGGCUUUCCUUAAAAGGUGCUGAGAUGGGCUAUUCUAUUUGACCUGCACAGGAAGAAGCAAGGGGCUCACUUAGGGGAUGGCCCCAGGUUUCCAGCAGAACAUAACUUGGUUUGAGUUCCUGGCCAAUGAGAAGGAAGAUGAUGGGAAGAGUGAAAAGAGCGAAAGGGAACCAAGGUGAAGCGAAGGGCUGAGCUCCCUGCGAAGUCGCGUGACCGGCUCCUGGCAGAAGGAUAAGGGUAAGAACAAAGAACAACAGAAAGAGAUAGAGCCGAGGGAAAAAUGGAAAGGCGUAAAUGGUCACCAGUUAGUGCCAGGGACUUUCUCCAGCUGCAUCAACUGCUCCCUGUGUGGCAAACCCCUGCUCAGUCGGAAUGGGCUGCAAUGCUUGACAGAAAGAUUUCCAGCAUAAACCUCCAGGAUCUCCACAGAGUUUGGUACAAAGCUCAAUCCAGAGUCUUUAUCAAGCAGCUUCUUUGAAAGAACAGCCUCGUAGCACCCUCUUGGGAUCUAAUGGCACCCCAGUUCUGCCCAGGAAUGUCGGAAUGACUAUCUCGACCAGAGCAAGUCUUCAGGCAGCAGUGAACACUGCUGGAAGUCUGAAUAGAUUUGGACCAGGUACAGGAGAGAUGGAUGAAACUGAUUCUGGAUUUCUGAAAUUCAAGCAGGCGACAGAUGAUUCUCUUUCACUUGCAUCAUCAACUGCUGAAUCUGUUUUCGUUGAAGAUUCCUACUCUGCCUCACUAAGGAGUGAAAUAGAAGCGGAUACCCAGGAGUUUGAGGCUGAGUCCUGGAGUCUUUCUGUAGAACAGCCGUAUGCAAAGAAACAAAAAAAGGAAGUACUGAAAAGGCAAGAUGUCAUCUACGAAUUAAUGCAGACUGAAGUGCAUCAUGUGCGAACCCUGAAGAUAAUGUUGAAAGUCUAUUCCAAAGCGCUGAAGGAAGAGAUGCAGUUCAGUAGCAGAGUCAUCAGCCGCAUCUUCCCGUGCGUGGAUGACUUGCUGGAGAUGCAUGGGCAGUUCUUGCACCGCUUGAAGGAGCGCCGCCGAGAAUCCUUGGCAGAAGGGAGUGAGCAGAAUUAUGUGAUUCAGAAGAUUGGAGACCUCUUGGUACAACAGUUUUCAGGUGAAAAUGGAGAAAGAAUGAAAGAAAAAUACGGUGUCUUUUGUUCUGGUCACAAUGAAGCUGUCGGUCACUAUAAGGAAUUGCUGCAGCAGAACAAAAAAUUCCAAAACAUGAUAAAGAAAAUCGGCAACUUCUCCAUCGUCAGACGCCUCGGUGUUCAGGAGUGUAUUCUCCUCGUUACUCAGCGAAUUACCAAGUACCCUGUGCUGGUGGAGCGCAUUAUUCAGAAUACCGAAGCUGGUACUGAAGAUUAUGAAGACCUGAACCAAGCUCUCGGCCUCAUAAAAGACAUCAUCACUCAAGUAGAUGCCAAAGUGAAUGAACGUGAGAAGGGUCAGCGUCUCAAAGAGAUUGUCAGCAGGAUGGAGCUCAAGUCUUCUGGCAAGCUCAAGAAUGGUCUCACCUUCCGAAAGGAGGACAUGCUCCAUAGGCAGCUCCAUCUCGAUGGGAUGCUGUGCUGGAAAACUGCCUCAGGGCGGCUGAAAGAUGUUCUUGCUGUCCUCUUGACUGAUGUGCUUUUGCUGCUACAAGAAAAGGACCAAAAGUAUGUCUUUGCAUCUGUGGACUCAAAGCCACCUGUUAUUUCAUUACAAAAGCUAAUUGUAAGGGAGGUAGCGAAUGAGGAAAAAGCAAUGUUUCUGAUCAGUGCUUCCCUGAAAGGACCAGAAAUGUAUGAAAUUUACACCUGCUCCAAAGAAGAGAGAAAUUCAUGGAUGGCCCAGAUCCGCAGAGCUGUGGAAAGUUGCCCUGAUGGGGAGGAAGAGCCGUUCAGUGAGGCCGAUGAAGACAGAAAAAUGGCUGAGGCCCGAGCUAUAAAAUUGAAAGAAUUCCAAGAGCGUUUAAGCAGGAAAGAUGACCUGAUUGCGCAAAGUCUCAGCGAGAAACAACAGAUUUAUUUGGAAAUGUCUGAGAUUAACAGCUUUGAAGACCUUCCUCCCAGCUCCCGGUCCAGGUUCUUUUUCCGAGGAGGGGAACCCUCAGAGAACCUGCAAGGCGAGAUGAUUCUGAAGUCGGCCAUAUCUGAAAUUGAGAAUAUCCAGAACCUGAUCCACAAACAGCUGGGCAGUGCUGGCUGUAGAAGUGAAGAUGGUGGGGAUGACUCCUUAUUACCCAGGAGAGCGGAGACCUUUGGAGGCUAUGACAGCAAUACAAACUCCAAUAAAAAUGCUAGUUUUAAGAAAAAGGCCAGCAAUAGUGAUGCCUCGUUUAAAGACCGGAGAAAUCCUGUGACUAGCUCAGACUCACAGCCUGGAGACCUUUUGGCAGAUUUUGAAGAAGGAUCGCAGACAACUGAGGCCACCCGAGUGGACUGGAAUAAUGGUGCGCCAGGCAUGAUGGAACCUGAGCUUGUACAGAGAAUACAGACACUGUCACAGCUGCUUCUCAACCUCCAGGCAGUGGUGGCCCAGCAGGACAGCUACAUUGAAAUGCAGCGGGCCUUGAUCCUGGAGCGAGAAAAGCAGUAUAAACUGCAAUCAACACGCGGAAACUUCCUGUUAGAACAAGAGAAGCAGCGGAACUUUGAGAAGCAGAGAGAGGAGCUGGCCAACGUGCAGAAGCUCCAGAACCAGCUCAAGCAGGAACAGCAGCGCUGGGAGCGUGAGCGAGACCGGCAGCAGAAAGAGCUGGAGUACACGGAGGCCCGGCUGCAGGAGCGCGAGAACGAGUCUCGGCAGCUCCGUGAGCGGCUGACCCAGGACAAAGAGGAACUGGACCGCCAGCGCGAGGCCUAUCAGCACGACCUGGAGAGGCUGCGUGAAUCCCAGCGAGCCGUAGAGAGGGAGAAGGAGCGGAUCGAAUUGCUCAAAAAACUGAAGAAACAGAACACGAUGUCUGGCCCGGUACCUCCCGACGGGCUUGAGGGCCACGCCCUAAGCAGCUCCUCUAGUUUCAAUGGCGAAGGCCUCGAAGGGGCCAUGCUGCUGGCCAAGUCCUUAGGCAGGACCAGUACCCUGCUGUCCGGCUCAGAGUACCCAGAGCGCCCAGAGGUGGCUCGUCGGGACAGCACGACUGCAGAGGGCCGCCCAGUGAAGACCGACGUGCCCAUCCAGCUGCUGAGCGCCACCAACCAGAUCCAGAAGCAAGCAGCCGUCCAGCAGCAGAUCCCCACCAAACUGGCCGUGCUCACCAAGGGGAGCAAGGAGAAGGGAGGAAAAGGCAAAGCUUCCCAGAGGUCUGACAGCUCCGCCUCCUUUGACCUAAAACAGCAGCUGAUGCUCAGCAAACUUAUGAGCAAAGAAGAAAACACUAUAAAACCCCGCCGGUCCCUGAGUCCCAUCCUGACGAGCCAGAAUGUCAUUGUGCAGCAGGAGUCGUGUAUCCCCACAGACGCGCAGCCCUCAGAGAUCUCCCCUCUCAGCCCAGGAAACAUGUUCAGGCCCAGCAGUGCCCCCAGGCUCUCACCGCCAGGCCACCUGCCCACGAGGCUCUCCUCUGACGAUGAUGGCAACAAGGAAGACGUUAUCUUUUUCUGAAUUGUUAUAGCACAGGCUGCACCUGGUGCCUUCUCUUGGAGAAGUGCUCCAUGGAGACCCCAGGGGAACAGACCCAAGUACUGGCCGGCAUCUCCCAUCUCCUCCAUAGCGGCAUCCGCUUCAGAUGGAGCCAGGUCUCCUGGCAUAGUCAGUGUCUACCUGGGAAGCCCCACGGCUCACGGGGACAACGUUGGCAUCUGUUCUUCUUUUUUUGGGCAUAACCACUAUGGACUUGAACAUGGCCUGGGGAUAUCAAUUCCAAAUCUACUGAUAUGUUGCCAUCCACCAUAUUAUGCUCUUUCUGCUGAAUUUGCAAUGAUUCUUGGCUUAAGUUUCUAAUCUUUUUAGAAAAAAGUUUAAAUUGGAAGUUGAACCAUAAAUGAACUAAGAAGCUACUCUAAAUUGUAAGGUCACAUUGGGUAAGAGAGAAAUCUGUUUGAAAUCUGUUUUUACAGGGCUGUGGUCAAUCAAUGCAAUUUCAGAAAGCAGUCAGGUGACAGGCCAGCAAGCCACCCAUCCUAGGGUCAUGGGAGUCUGGGCCCUAUGCAGGAGCCAGCAGGUGUGCCUAGAAUACAGGAGUGUACUGGGGCCUUGGCUUCAAGGCUCCAGCGGCCACCCUAGGGAGCGUAUCCAUUCUGGGGGAGGUGAUCCUAGCCAGCCGCCUUCUUGGUUGGUGCAGUUUGGCAGUCAGUCAGUCCUGUCCUCCAGGCUUUCCUGGAGAUGCCAUAAGCUCGUCUCCACUUCUGAGGCUUUGCUGGGGGUGGGACAAAUUCCCAAAGCAAACCAUAUGUUGGUUCAUAGUGAACCUAAGAUUGGGAUAUUCUCCUGAUCAUUAAGGAAGAUGCUCAAUUAAAAAAAUCUUCGCCAGCUUGAGAGUGCAAUGGGUUACCUUCUUCUAUAGUCCCCUGUCUUGAUUGUUAGGGUGGAUGCCCUGCACACAGAGGCAUCUGUUCUCACCCAGGCACGAUGUUGAGGUGCUGGCGUCUCCACAGACGAGCACCUGGCUGGAUGGCAGCGACAUCGGCAACGAAGGGAAUGUGGAGUUUUCAUUGGCAAAUUGUAUGAUUACCUUGGAAUUUCCUCAUUCUGAAAUUGGUGAAGAAAAUGAGGUUGACCCUUCAAGAGCAGGGCGUGUGUAGGGCAGCUUGGUGCAUGAUUCGGUGCCUAGGCCCAGUGGUGGGCGGGGUGGGGUGUCUCAGCUCUCCUGGUUAUCAUGGACCCGCUCUAGGGGAAACGUUUCUCCAAAGCACAUAAGUACUCUUGGGUUUACCAGAGGCAGUUAGAGCGUGGUGCUGUACAUGGACCCACAGAAGCUGCAGGCCCAAGGCUUGCACAGAGCCUUUAGUAAAGUCUUAUCAUUUUGCUCCCAGACCAUGAAGCUGCUUCUUAGCUACAACAGCCUUUCUUUGUGCACCCCACUCGUCCCCAUUGCCCCUGGAAAAGCAGAGUGUGCAGGUUAUACACCAGGCUGAUCGGCCUCACAGAAUGACCCAGUCUGGGUCUGAAAUGGGCACAAAAGCAUUUCUUUAAAAGUAGUAAUCUUGGAAUAUUGUCACACAAAUUGAGUGUUUAGUUAGUAACAACUGAUCCAGGUGGCAGUGAGCAAAGAAACAAUUUGUGCCAAUUUUCAUUGGUAAGGAGCCAAGUGUAUUGGUUCAGGUAGUAAUGUGUGACCAAUACAUUUGGAAUGAAGCACAUCUCUCUCAUCUGUCUGUUCAGUAAUGAGGAAAGAAGAUGGUAAAUUAUUUGCCAUUUCCUGUAGAAUCAUCUGCAUUAGUUAGGUCCCAGAAAAAACCAGGGUAAUGGCUAGCACAAAACAUUCCAUUAGAAGUCAUUGACAGUAAACCUUUGUUGAUGUGAAAGUUCCCCUUUUCCUCCCCUCAGUAUGAGGCUAGUCAUUUCAUAAUCUUAGAACUAGAAGGGACCAGAGAAGUAAAUCAUCUAGCCCAGUGAUUUCACCAACAAGGAAACUCAGGCCAGCACUGGGAGUAAGCAGAGUCUAGAUUUGAACCCAGCUUCACUGACUAAAUCUGUCACACAACCCAGUGUCACAGAAAUGAAACUAUUUGCCUAUGAUUCUUGUGGACAUUUAGAAAAAAAUACCCUUAAAGUCCUAAUAUGGGGGGGGCAGACCUCAUUUCUGUCUGCUUACAUCCAUAACCGUGUGCCAGCUUUGGCCCAAACUCUGGCCUUGCAGAUGCGUGUUCUGAGGGUUGUGAUAUGGGACUUGCUGAUGAUGGGGUUUGGGAAGGCUGGACUAUAGCCCAUCAUACCCAGGCCAGGACCCUGAGUAGUUUUCCCUAGGCUUGCAAUUUAAGGACAGCUAAAGAGUUUAAUCGUUGUAAUGGUCAGCCAAGAUGCUGCUUGAGCCAUCUGAGGCGGAAUUGUGCUUGUAGCAAGUGAAGAGGUAUGUCCGUGAAGCCUGCAGGCCGCUUGGGUGCCACAUGAAGGACACGGAACCUCCCAUUUCCUCAUUAUUGUUAACACACAUUCAUCAGGAAACCUAACCCCAAACACAUACACAUGGGUUCCAAAAUGUAUUUGUCAAUGAAGCCUGAAAGAAAUCUUUCCAUUCCUUUCGAUCAAAUGAAUGAGAUGCACAAGUUCAGUUGUUGCAAAGCCAGGCAGGUAAGACAAUGACAGUGACAAGCAGUGAGCCCCCGUCCCUCUUGCCUGGCAUUCUGUAAAAUGCCACCAGGGGACUCCUUCAAGGGCAGCCUGAUCUGGCCUCUCUAGGGCCUAGCCCAGAAACGGGCAUGGGGCCUCUACCGGCUUGCCAAGUUGGGGCAUGGCCAGUUGGCUUUCUUGUUGUGGCCUGGGGUCAGAAACCUACGUUUAGCUUCAGGUCAUGUUCAUGUUGAGGCCUUUGGGAAUCUUACAUUGAUGUUACCAGAUCAAGUUGUCUGUCCACCAUUGGCUACACACCCAACAACCCUGGAAGGUGGCGAAAGAGCUGGCCAGAGAACAGGUGAACCCAAGCUCUUGGUAAGAGGAAAAGGAGCUAGUCCUGAGAUAGAUUGUCUUAAAUAGAAAAUCCCGCACCGCGCUCUGGACAGUGCCCAUCACCAUGGCCCUGGAAUCAGAGGCCUUUUUUCUGCACAUUCCCCUCAUUGUUCUGUGGCCAUGUCUCUUCUCCCCCCCCACCCCACCCCCCCAAAAAAAAGAAAAGAAAAAAAAAAGAUUGAUGGCUCCUGUGUUUUUGCUACAUUGUCUUAGGAGGUGUUCCCAGAGCAAACCCUGCAUUUCCCCUGGGAGGCCAGAGCAGGCAAGUGUGCCUGAUUUUGCUGAAACCUUUUCCACAUGAACUUGAAGGGACCAAAAGCAGAAGCCGUCUUUCUCAGUCACUCAAGUAAGGGAAACCUCCUUUCUGGCAGGAGGAGCAUUGUUUUGCUGUCUGCCUAGGAAAUGAGUUCUUAACACUUUUGGGUCUCGUCUUGACCCACUCUUCCCCAGCCCCUGCUUGAAGAAAGGAUUGUACAGUCAUGAGGCAUCGGUAAUUUCAGUUCCUGUUAUGGUCUCGGUCCCGCUCAGUGGGCAGAGUUCAAACCCCUUUCCAUCAGUUCUCAUUGCCCUUUGAAAUCUCUGUUCUACACAUCAAAUUUCAUCUGUGCCAUGUUUAUAAUCAGUGUUUUAUAUUUUUGUGCAGAAGUAUUUGAGCACUUUAGCAAAGUUUUACUUUGAAUUUGAUCUUGGAAGGAAGACUUCUCCUCUGUAAUUCUGUUGCUGUGCUCGCGUGAUAGUUCUUUGCGGAGCUGUGAUAGAGUUUGAUGCUGUUUAGUCUUAGGUCCGGUCCAGUGACUUUGUGAUCUAGUGAAUUAUCAUGCUAGGGGGUCUAGGGGAUUUCAGUCCCACCACAUGAUGUGGGAAGGGAUCGUCUCCUUCCCCAGCAUUGGAGAGGUUCAUCCGUUCUGCUAGAAUGGCAAUGUUGUAAAUAGUUAUUCCCCCUGCCAGUAGGAUCCCUGUCACUUCUUGUUAGUAUCUAAUUUUAUUUGUAAAAUUGACUCGUGCACUUCGUUAAUUGUCCUGUGAUAUUAGUUCACCUCUUUGGUUUGUUUGGUUGUUCUUUUUUUCUUUUUUUUUUUUUUUCAAUGAUUGUGCUGGCUCUUGACUGCACGAUUUCAGAACAGCCUUGGAACCCAAGUACUGAUUUCUA